AAAGAGAUGAACAUGAGAUGUACCUCGCUGUACAUGGUGGCAGUUAAGUACAAUAAUUAGUAGCUACAAUAUGAUUUUACCAACUGGGCCUAUGAAGACACAAGGGGCCAUGAAACGAACCACUCCUGGCGUCCACCGACUGGAACAGUAACAGAACUUCAUCGGCCCAAGAUUCGUGAGCAGUUUCGCCAUGGCCCGUGGUCGAUCGCGAAGCCCGAGAAGGAGCCGAUGGGACAAGGUCUUUUGUGUGGAUGUGGAGUGCGUGGCCAUUGGCCGCAGCCAUGACAUAUCAGCGCGCAGCCCAUGCUCGGUGGCCCUUGUGAAUGGACAAGAGGAGGUUCUUCUCAAGGAGAUCAUCAAGCCCGAGAAACCGAUUAUCAGCUGUUUGACUCCCCUCACUGGUGUGACCAAAGCUGAUUUGGACAAGGGCAUCUCCUUGAAUGAGGCCGUGGCAAAGUUGAAGCGGCUCCUACCAGCAGAUGCUGUCUUGGUUGGACAAAGUUGUGCGUCCGACAUUGAGUGGAUGAUGCUUGAGAAGGGUGUGGAUUUCGCAGAAGUCGUGGAUCUUGGCGAAAUCUUCAAAGGCUACAACGCCCGAUAUGGGAACUACUCGGUGCAUUCGCUCCAGCAUGAAGCCCGGGUUCUAUUGGGCAAGACGGCACGCGGAGCCCACGACCCUGCCUGGGAUGCACAGGUCUCUGUAGCUCUCUACAAGACGCUUUCCUCCAACUUUGACGGUUCCUUUUGCCACACCCUUCUCUCUUUAGGAAAGCAAAGCUGGCAACAGCGCAGGAGCUCACAUCCAUGCAGCAGCAGCUGAUUUCAACAAAGCCCCUCCCCAGCGUGGCAAAGAGCCACAACUACAACAUUGAUGGCGUUUGUAUGGCGAAGUUUAUGCCAAAGUUCUGCACAUGCUGACGUUGUUUUGAGUGAAGGAUGUCCGCUGGCCGACGUGAGGGUUUAUGAAACAUGUCACAGCAUGGCCACAAGGUAUUCACAAGUGCGUGCUUUCUGACAGGCAAAGCACGAGUCACAGUCUUGCUGGCAUAUUGCGGUGUGAAAA